AUGAGUGAAGAACAGGAUCCUUUAUUAGCAGGAUUGGGGGAAACACCCAACGACAACCGUACCCAACAGUCACAGGGACAGCAACCAGAGCAACCACAGGAAACGGAAGGACAACGUGAAGAGGAACCUUCUAGAUUGGAUCCCGAACAGGAGGCCCACAACAAGGCCCUGAACCAAUUGAAAAGAAAGCUGCUAGAACACAGAAGGUAUGAUGAUCAGUUGAAGCAGCGUCGUCAAAAUAUACGAGAUCUAGAGAAGCUAUAUGACAAGACUGAAAAUGACAUAAAAGCUCUGCAAAGUAUUGGUCAAUUGAUUGGGGAGGUUAUGAAGGAAUUAUCUGAAGAGAAGUAUAUAGUCAAGGCCUCUUCAGGCCCACGUUAUAUUGUUGGAGUUAGGAAUUCAGUAGAACGUUCUAAGUUAAAGAAAGGGGUGAGAGUCACCCUAGACAUCACCACUCUGACUAUAAUGAGAAUUUUGCCCAGAGAAACAGAUCCAUUGGUGUAUAAUAUGACCAGUUUUGAACAAGGGGAAAUCACCUUUGAUGGUAUUGGUGGUUUGACUGAGCAAAUCAGAGAAUUAAGGGAAGUUAUAGAACUACCAUUGAAAAACCCGGAAAUUUUCCAAAGGGUCGGUAUUAAACCUCCAAAGGGUGUGCUACUAUACGGACCCCCUGGUACUGGUAAAACUUUACUAGCAAAGGCAGUUGCUGCCACUAUUGGUGCCAACUUCAUCUUCUCUCCAGCGUCUGGUAUUGUAGAUAAAUACAUUGGUGAAUCUGCCCGUAUUAUUAGAGAAAUGUUCGCAUAUGCAAAGGAACAUGAACCUUGUAUUAUCUUUAUGGAUGAGGUGGAUGCUAUUGGUGGUCGAAGAUUUAGCGAAGGUACUUCAGCAGAUCGUGAAAUCCAGCGUACGUUGAUGGAGUUAUUGACCCAGAUGGAUGGUUUUGAUAAUCUUGGACAGACUAAAAUCAUCAUGGCUACAAAUAGACCAGAUACUUUAGAUCCUGCCUUAUUAAGGCCCGGUAGGUUAGACAGAAAAGUUGAGAUUCCAUUGCCAAAUGAAGCCGGCAGGUUAGAAAUUUUCAAAAUCCAUACUGCAAAAGUCAAAAAAACAGGAGAAUUUGAUUUUGAGGCUGCUGUAAAAAUGAGUGAUGGUUUCAAUGGUGCUGAUAUUCGUAACUGUGCAACUGAAGCUGGGUUUUUUGCCAUAAGAGAUGACCGUGAUCACAUUAACCCUGACGAUUUAAUGAAAGCAGUCAGAAAAGUAGCUGAAGUUAAGAAAUUGGAAGGCACUAUAGAAUACCAAAAAUUAUGA